UCCAGAUUUACCGGUAAUUAAAAAAAAAUUCAAAAUGGCGACUCGAGUUUGAUGAAACUAGUUCAUUAGUUAAUUAGUCCGUCUACUUCUGUUUUACUUUAGGAUUAGCUCAGUGUUUUUAUUUGAGCUAGCUUACAGCUAUCAGUCUGGGAUGAUAAUGGAAGACACGCUGGAUCCACGCGACGUGGAACGGGCCAAAACCUUCUGGGCCGAGGAGGAUGUGGAUCAGGCUUUCAGUGGGGUUUUUGAAUACCUGGACCACUUGAAGAGGGUCCUGCAGAGGAAGACUGCCACAGAUAAAGAAUAUGUUCAGGCGCUGAGGCUGCUGGAGUGUCUGGACUCCUCCUCCUCCUCAGACCCCCAUCAGGACCAGGACUCGUCAGUGGUCCAGGUGGUCAUCGGUUCAGGUGAGCUGCUGCUGGCUGACCCCCCCAACCACGCCACAGCUUCCUCUUCCUCUGCCUCCCCCGUCUGCCUCUUCAAUGGACCAAACAUUUCAGCGGCGCCUCCUGCUGUCAGAGAGGAGCUGCUGCCUCCUCUGGUUCCGGUCCAGUUGGAGUACCACCCUCAUAUCUGCUGCAAGGCCUGCCUACCCGGUUUACCCAGAAUGCCUCAGUCCACCUCCUCGUUAUUUGGUCAGAACCCUCUGAAGGUGCCGCUGCUCUGCGGCUUCAAAAGGCUGACCGCCAUGCCACUGAUAACUUCGUUACGAGACGGCGAGACGACUGAGGAGGACGACGGCGACUGGGACGUCAUUUACAAAGCACCGUGUGGGCAAAGUCUUCGUAACCAUGACGACGUGAUGUGCUUCCUGUCUGUCACAGACAGCUACAACGUCCUGCAGGUGGACUGUUUUACCUUUAACCCCUUGGUGCGGUUGGACCCUGCCCUGACGCCGGGUCAGCCCCGUUUAGAGGAGGACCUGAGCCGGGGGGCGGAGCCGACGCUGGUGGAGCUGUGCGUCGGGGAAGACGGCGCCCGGCCCUCGGACUUUCGUUACAGGAAGGACCGUUGGCCGCACGGCUGCUUUCUGAGCCGCGGGCCGAAGCUGUUCCGGGUCUGCUGCGACUGCGACGACGGCUGCCGGGACGCUGACCGCUGCGCCUGCAUCGCCAUGGUGACAGAUGGGCGGGGCUACAGUCACCACCGGCUGCUGGAGCCUGUACCGUCAGGGUUGUAUGAAUGUGGACCGUGGUGCGGCUGCGACCGCUCUCACUGUCAGAACCGCCUGGUCCAGAGAGGUAUCAGAGUUCGCCUCCAGGUCUUCCAGACCGAGGACCGCAACUGGGGCGUCCGCUGCCGUGACGACUUGGACCGCGGCACCUUCGUGUGCAUCUAUGCAGGUUUGGUCCUGCAGCGGGCCCAGAGUCGAGUCGAGCGGCCACCUCCGAAGGUGUUCGCAGCCGAACUUCCAUCCGACGACGAGGUGGAGCUGGUCACCGAGUGGCUGGCCCCGCCGGUGCUGGAGGGGCGGAGCAACCUGGUAGAGACGCCCCCGCCCAUUUUGUCUUCAGCCUCACCGCCUCUGUACGUCGCGGUGAUCCAGAGACCCGCCGAGUCCGGUGCUGCGCCUCAGGACCAGGAGAAGGUUCAGACGGUUCUGGUCGGAGGUCCAGACUUGACGUCUCCAUCAGCAGGCGACCCGCCAGAGGCGGAGGCUACCGCCACCACGGAGGGACAGGAAGUGGGCGGGUCGAAGACGGAGGUCCGGAGGAGUUUAAAACGAGCCGCGGAGGUGGAGGACGUGUGUUUGGUGGACGCCAGCAAGGAGGGCAACGUGAGCCGCUUCAUUAACCACAGCUGCCAGCCGAACCUUUUCAUCCAGAACGUCUUCACGGACUCCCACGACCCGGCCUUCCCCGUCAUCGCCUUUUUCACAGACAGGGUCGUGAAGGCCGGCACCGAGCUCACCUGGAACUACGCCGCCGACGCUCACGCCGCCUCGGAGCACAAACAAGAAGCGCCCUGUCUCUGUCGUAGCGACUGUUGCCAGGGGUGGCUUCCCAUCGGUUGUGUGUGA